AUGGCUAGUGCAUUGGACCAGGCUCGCAGGAGAAAAAAACUAGUAUCAAAGCCUGGUGGUACUGAGAACGACUGUGUGAGCAAAUCUGUCACAGAGCGCCGUGCGGCGACAGGCGCGGCACGGUGUCCCGGUGUUGGCCCGAGAGACAGCCAGGAACGCUGCGGACCGCUCGACCACCCAGCCGAGACGAGGCGAAGCUCUGUAUUUAGGCCCCGAGACCGUGGGCUGCAGCUCAGCCUGUGUCCUGCCCAAGCGGGGACGCGGAGCUCAUGGGGCUUCCCCCGCCCGCGGGGACCCGGCACUGCCCCAGCCGCUCCCGCCGCCUUUGUUUGUCGGCGGGGCGGCCGGGCCGGGCCCGCAGGCGGCGCCGUGACACCGCCUCCCCCGCCCCCCCGGCAGGAGCCAUGUCGGGGGCUCCGCGAGGACGGGAUCGCCGAGGGCCGCGCACAGGCCGCGCCUUCCGGUGCCUCGCUGCCCGGGCCGGGGGGGGCGACGGGGACGCGCCCGGUGCACCGGGGGGAAGAGCAGGGGGCGCGCCCGCGCGGGCCAGGAAAGCGCGCGCGCGCGCGCGCACGGCAGGCGGGGCCGCCCCCUCCCCCUCCCCGCCGGCCAAUCACCGCGCCGCCCCAGCCUCGCGAGAGCGCGGCUCCCAAGCCCCGCGAGAGCUCAGCUCCUAGGCCCGCCCCGCGCCUUAAAGGGGCCUGGCCACGGCGGGGCGCGAGGAGGGUGCGGCCGCUGGGGGGCGCCCUGCGCGGGGCGCGGAGGGCGUGCGGCCGCGGUGACAGCGCAGAACGCAGUGGGGACACGUAG